UUGCUUUUCAACUCUGACCACCUGCCUAUGUUUGGUUAAUUUGCCGUCUGCAGGAGCCAGGAGGAAGCACGCACGACAUGGGUGCUCCGGCGGUCCUGCGCCAGCCAACGAACAAACCGCCGUUCACCCUAGCUGAGAUCAAGCAGGCGAUCCCACCGCACUGCUUCGAGCGCUCCUUGAUCAAAUCCUCCUACUACCUGCUCCAUGACCUCUUCAUCGUCGCGGCUCUCGUCUACUUGGCGAUGGCCGUGAUCCCGGCCCUCCCAGCCGGACUCCCGCGGCUCGUCGCCUGGCCACUCUACUGGGUCGCGCAAGGCUGCGUGUGGCUGGGCGUGUGGACCAUCGGGCACGAGUGCGGCCACCACGCCUUCUCGGAUUACCAGCUGCUCGACGACGCCCUGGGCCUGGUGCUGCACUCCUGGCUGCUCGUCCCCUACUUCUCCUGGAAGUACAGCCACCGCCGCCACCACUCCAACCGGGGCUCGCUGGAGCGCGACGAGAACUUCGUGCCCCAGCAGAAGGCCGCGCUGGAGUGGUACGAACCCUACGCGCCCUACAUCGAAGGCAACGCCGCCGGCCGGCUGCUGCUGAUCGCCGUGCGCCUCUUCCUCGGGUGGCCGCUCUACCUGACGUUCAAUUCCCACGGCCGUGCUUACCCGCGCUGGGCCAACCACUUCGACCCCUACGGUCCCAUAUUCAGCGACCGGGAGCGCGCCCAGGUAUUCGUCACGGACGCCAGCCUUGUGACGGUGUGGUUCGUCCUCUUCAAGCUCGCGUCGGCGUUCGGGUUCUGGUCGGUGGUGCGCGUCUAUGGGGUGCCGCUGCUGGUCGUCAACGCUUGGCUGGUGCUCAUCGUCUACCUGCACCACACCCACCAGGCGCUCCCGCACUACGACUCCAGCGAGUGGGACUGGCUGCGGGGAGCGCUGGCCACCGUCGACCGUGACUACGGGGUCCUCAACUACUUCUUCCACCACAUCGCCGACACGCACGUCCUGCAUCACCUCUUCUCCGCCUUGCCGCACUACCACGCCAUGGAGGCCACCAAGGCGAUCCGACCCAUCCUAGGCGACUACUACAAGUUCGACGCCACGCCCAUCGCCAAGGCGCUCUGGCGCGAGACCAGGGAGUGCGUUUACGUCGAGUCCAUGGGAGAUGGCAAAGGCGUCUUCUGGUAUAACAACAAGUUCUAGCUGGAUAGUCUGAGAUCUUCCAGCCCGUACGUUUGGAGCAAACAAUUUCAGCACUAUCUAUGAUGUCUACCUUAGGUCUGCCAAUGCCCGAUUGCCCGUUGCUUGUAAUACUUGAAUGUCGCUUUGGUGCUGCUUCUACUUCGUCCUCGUCUCAUCUUCUUCGUAGCCGUUGCUGUAAUAAAUCAAUUUCAAAUUAACAGUAAACUGUGUGAUUAGUCGGGAUA